AUGCUUACCCGUGGCAAGAAGUUCUACUGGGUCAUAGGUAGUGACCUCGCACCUUGGGAGGGCAACGAGGCGAGCAAAGCAGACGACGCCGAGAAGUCUUCCGCAGAUCAGAAGGCCGCCGAAGAGAAUAAGGACGGGGAUGAGAAGAAGGAAGCUACCGAUGACAACUCUCCCGCAGAGAAGACCAGCAGCUCUGACGACAAAGUUGAGGCAGGGACCAAUUCGCGAAAUGGUCGCAAGCGUGCCAUCCGCCACGAAGAGGAUGGCAACGAAGUCAACGACAACGGCUUCGUCUACCUGCUUGAGGAGUUAUCACGACGUCGAUGUGUCGAAUCGGCGCCUCUCCAUGCCGAUUGCUCUCGCCUCGACGCUCCACAUGUCACUUGGGCGCCCGACGAUCAAUCAGCCCUUCAUCGCACUAUCGCCGACCAGCCCGAGUUGGGCAUCAAGCUUCAAACGUGGCUCUCCCUGACCGCCGACCAGAAUACCGCGAUUGAGCUCAUGAGGCAGAAGAUCGCCGACAAGAUCGAGGCCGCGUACGCAGCAGAAGCUUCGUUCAACGUUGCCCAAGAAGCGGCCGCUGCGUGGAAGAGCCUGACGCAGGCUUCGAGGGCGCCGGUAAUGACGAUGGCUGGUGAUCUAGUACAAGGCUACGCUAAGCGACACCGACACCAGUAUUGA